ACCCUUGGGAAGUUAUCAGUCAUCACUUUUCAGGGAAAGUUUAUCAAGUGUUAUGAUUUUCAUGGCUGACUGUUGUUUUGGACAUUUGCAAUCUGAGGUUAAAGUUUAAAAUGGCUAACCGAUAGUUUGUGGAGACAAUAAUUCCAGUGAUGUUUAACAGUUUUAGAAAUGAGUCUCCUUGUGAAGCGGAGCAGGUUUGGAGCUACCACACUCUGAUAGAGGAGCUGCUCAACACAGAGGCUGAAGAUAAUACAGAUAUGGGAGGUACUAUCGAGGAUGAAGAUGAAGGAUCAGAUGACCCAAAUCUUCAGGUGAGAGUUCCUCUACAGUGUGGACAUACACAGGAGCUCAAUGCGUUCAGAGCUCAAUGGAUGUCCGAACUCAAACCGAGCUCUGACAUGAGUGGACUGAACAGCCGAAUGCUGCGAUCGAAAGGUCUGAAGAGGGCACAAGAUAUCGCCAUGGAAGAGAAAGCCACAGAGCUGUUCUUGAGAGCUGUUGAGGAGGAGCAGAAUGGAGCUGUCUAUGAGGCUAUCAAGUUCUAUCGCAUGGCUAUGCAGCUUGUGCCUGACAUUGAGUUUAAAAUCAACUACAGCCGUCCUUCUGAUGCAGACCGAGUUGGAGGAAACUACAUGGAAGACAAUGAUGUUGAUGGUGAGAUCGAGGAUCUACUUGCCUACUUCGAGCAGCAGCUCACACUGGAAAGCUUUCCAAAGAUCUGCACUCCUGAGUUGGAUUUGACUCAGAUGCACAUUUCAGCCUUGCCGCGGGAAAUCCUGAUGUACAUAUUUCGUUGGGUAGUGUCGAGUGAUCUGGACAUGCGAGCCCUGGAGCAGCUCUCUUUGGUUUGCCGCGGGUUUUACAUUUGUGCAAGGGACCCUGAGAUUUGGCACUCAGCCUGUCUAAGAGUGUGGGGACGGAACUGCACCAAACUGGUGCCCUUCAAAUCCUGGAGGGAGAUGUUUCUGCAAAGGCCUCGUGUCCGUUUUGAUGGUGUUUACAUCAGCAAGACAUCAUACAUUCGUCAAGGAGAGGAAUCCCUGGAUGGAUUUUACAGGGCUUGGCAUCAUGUUGAGUACUACAGGUACCUCCGGUUCUUCCCUGACGGCUUCGUCAUCAUGCUGACCACCCCUGAGGACCCUCUGUCCAUUGUUCCUCGCUUGCGUACCAAGAACAUCAGAAUGGAUUCUGCUCUGCUCGGUCAUUUCCGUCUGUCACAGGAGACAGAUAAUCAAACCAAAGUUUUUGCUGUUGUCUGCAAGAAAAAGGAGGAGAAAGCGACCGAGUUUCAAAGGAAUCGGUUCUGCAGGCGGAACCCAGCUCCGGAGGCUGAACACAACUUCCACGUGGGACUACAUCUGUCCUCUGGGGGGCGUCAGAGUUUCAGUAAGCUGGUGUGGAUCCACCACUCCUGCCACAUCACUUACAAGCUCACCGGGGAAACAGUUAUCACAGCGUUUGACCUGGACAGCAUGUACACACCCUUCUUCUUUGCACGCGUGAAGAGUUACACUGCUUUCUCCGAGCAGCCUCUUUAAGCAGCCUGCAGACCUGCACAUGAUCCCACAGCAAAAGUUCAUCCGUCAUGUAACACGAUGCAUACUCCUCAGCUUGUUAAUUAGUGCUGCAGCUGGAUUACGAUGUUAAUAUAUGAACCCUCAUGUUUCCUACAUGCAAACACUUUAUGUUUGAGGUUUACAUAAUAGAAUACUUAUUUUCUGAUUUCAGAAAUUACGGUAAUGUGCUGAGAGCUAAAAUGAUUAGCAACCUUUCCCACCUGUUCCAAGCAAUGAAUGUUCAUACUGUGUUUGUCUCAUGGUGCACUUUCUUCCUCAAAUAAACAGUGGUGAACAGAA